AUGGCGGCCCCCGGAGGUGGUGGUGCCGCCGCCGCCGCCUCCCCCACUGCUCGUCCGGCGCUCUCCCCACUUGGGGCCGGGGCCGCGUCGGCCCGGAGUCAGAAGCGCCCCUCGAGCCCGGGCAACGGCGGCAGCUCCGCCAAGAAAAGGCGGCCGGCCGCCCCGGGACCAGCGCCCCCUGCCGCCCACGCCCACGCCGCGCUCGGCCCUCAGAGUGCCGGUACAGAGACAGGGAGUGAGAAUAAAAUGGUGCCUGCAGAUUCCAGCACAGGACCAACAGAGACUUCUGGCAAGCCAUUACCCUUCAAGGCACCUAGCUUCACUCACUCUGGCAUUGGGGGAGCUGCAGCUGGAAAGAAGAACAGAACCUGGAAGAACCUGAAGCAAAUCCUCGCAUCGGAAAGGGCGUUGCCAUGGCAACUAAAUGAUCCCAGUUACUUCAGUAUUGAUGCUCCUCCUUCCUUUAAACCAGCCAAGAAGUACUCUGACAUUUCAGGACUUCCCGCUAACUACACAGACCCACAAAGCAAGCUGAGGUUUAGCACCAUUGAGGAGUUUGCCUACAUUCGGAUGCUCCCGUCUGACGUUGUUGCCGGCUACCUCACCUUAAGAAAAGCACCGGCUGCCGUUCCCUGA